AGUCAAAUCAACUAUUCUCAUAUUAUAUUAAACCAUUAUUACAUCGUUUUGGAAUAUACUUCUUAUUUGUCAAUAAUUUUCUCGUAAUUUAAUUCAGAUUUUUUUUAUUAUAAUACAUUCUGAUCUAACUUGAAAAAAAAAUAAGUAUUUCUUUGACUCAUACUUCCGGUAGGAGAGUUGCCGCUCUUCUAUUGAACAAGCCGGCCAUUUCUUGUUGAAACGCUUCGUGUAUGGUGUUUGAUCUGCUUUAUUGCAUUGAAGUCGGUUAGAGAGUUCUAACAACAAACUCAAGAUAUUCUGUAAUUAAAUUCUAAAUUCAUACAUAAUGGGAGAUGAGAAAAAGAAUAACGAAUCGGAGCACAUUAAUUUGAAAGUACUUGGUCAGGAUAAUGGUGUAGUACAAUUCAAAAUUAAGAAACACACUCCUUUGAGGAAGUUGAUGAGUGCAUACUGUGAUAGAGCUGGUUUGAGCAUGCAAGUACUUCGAUUCCGAUUCGAUGGAAAUCCAAUCAAUGAAACAGAUACCCCAACAUCUUUGGACAUGGAGGAAGGGGACACUAUAGAAGUAUACCAACAACAGACAGGUGGAUGUUAUUAAAAUGAAGAUGAAUUUAAUCCUAUAGUCUUUUCCAUUUCUAUAUUUACUAAAGAUAAUAUUUAUUGAAUUGGAAAAGAUUCCACUUUUUUUUAGAAAUAAGUUAACUUUAACUUUAUUUUAAGGAUAUGGCAUCGAUCUACUGUUUUCUUUGAUGAGAAAGUUGUAAAUUAAUUCAACUUCCAAAUUUUAACUGUUCUGAAUAAAAAUUUUUUUGCUAUAAA